GAUGUUUCACUUAGUUUUAUUUCCCGGCUCCCAAGAUGGAGGCGGUGCUGGGGCCACGCGAGUUCCUUCGGCUGAUGGCGGGGUUCCUUCUCCUGGGGGCCCCCUGCUUGGCCACUCUGGCCCCCACAGCCGCUUUCCCCCAGCUCGUUAGUCAGGAAAGCAUCAGGAUUAAAGUUAAUACAUUGGAAAACAACGGGGACAUUCAGGAAGGACAGGUUGUCCUUAAUAUCUCCUAUGUUAAUGGCCAGGUGUAUGUAAAUGACUUCCCGCUGAAGAGUGGAGUUGCACGGAUAAAGUGUCAGACUUUAAUAUUGGAAAGUGGAAGCUCAGACACCAUAUUGGAUCAGAAGCGGUUCGGCAUCAUCAGUGUUCGCAUUAUGGUCCAUGAGUGGCCAAUGGCAUCCAGUUCCAACUUGCAGUUGAUUGUUGUUCAGGAGGAGGUGACAGAAAUUGAUGGAAAGCAGGUUCAGCAAGAUGAAGUGACUGAAAUAGAUAUAUUGGUAAAGGACUUAAGAGUCCUUCGGCACACAAAUUACACUGUUCCGCUGAAGGAAAGCAUGCUGUAUUCCCUUCCCAGGGACAAUGACGCCUUGUUCACACUUCCAAACAUCGCGGGAAAAGUGGAUAUUGAGAGUCCACUACAAACAACCAGUCACUACCUUCUCAGACAAGUAGAAACUACAGUAGAUGAAGAGGCAAUGCCUGGUAAAUUGCCGGAGACUCCUCUUAGAGCAGAGCUUCCAUCCUCUUAUAAGGUGAUGUGCCAGUGGGUGGAAGAACUGAGAAAAGAACUCUGCAGACUCUGGCUUAACUCCUUCCCGCUAUUCUUUAAUCUUAUGGAGGUUAUUGUGGUUGGAGUGGUUGGAGCAGCUUUAAUCAUAAAAGUCUUAAAACUGUGUUGUCCCUCAUGUGAACCUAGGGGAGUCCUCCAACUUGAUGUCAGUGUCAUACCUGUGGUUGCGAUCAGCUUACUUCCAGAUACUCCAGAGAAGACAGACAAUAUAGAAGAGAAAUGUAUUUAAAUUCACAUUUACUGUAAUUGUAUGAGUUUGUUGACCUGACAUUUGGCACUUGAUUCUUAAUAUAUUGUGUAAUUUUUCCUAUAUUACACCUAUGAACUAUCGAUGUUUAAAGGACACUUAAGGUUGAGGCCCCAAAGAAUUCAUCUUGUUUCUCUUCAUUUCAACCAUCCUAAUAUAUUCUUGCCAAAAGAAAAAAAGUAGCAGUUUCCUUACAUAAGGACUUCAGUAAGUUCUAACUUCUAUGAAGUAAUUUCCUAAUUACACUGGUUGCAUGAACCUGCCAUGCUAAUCCAGAUAACCUGUACUUGGAAAUAUCCAGAGAGAUUUGAAUACGAUAAGUUUCCAUAUAAACAUGAUUAAGAUUGCAGCCUUAAGCUCUACAGAGCAAUGAAAAAUAAGUGAUUAGGUCCCAGCAGCACGGAACAGAAUAGUAGUGUGAACAGGAUUGUACACAACUGUGACAAAAAGAAAGCUACUUUACGCCUAUUAUCCUUAAGCGUGCCUUGUGGGAGAAGUCAGGAGCUUUCAUACUGCUCUUACAAGUGUGUUAUUGGUGCAAUGUUUUAUUUGGUUUUUCCAAAUGCAAUCUGACAUUUUGAGCACUUUAUUCUGUCAGUUAAAAUAAGGCCUUUCUCCACUAAAAUUUGCAAGCAUUUGUAAAACUGUCCUCCUUGGAAGUUGCAGUACAGUAUAAAUGUCUCUCACCCAAGAGCACAAAUGUGUUUUUAAGAUGCUGACUUAUUAAGAGCAGUUUUACCUACAGGUUUGUAUGAUCACAACUUUACAAUAAAUCCUUACCUGUUGAGACAAA